GAUUGAGUGUUGUGAGUUUUUCAAUUCAAAAUAAAUCUGUGAAAAAAAAAUGUUCAACAUAGAAAAAUUUAAUGUUGAAGAUGUUAUCACUGAUAAACAACCAGAUUUCAGUGAUAACGAUGAUGAUGAUAAUGUUGUGAAUGAUGAAAAAAAUCGCCAUGAAUUAUUGGUGAAAGAAGUGGUGAAAAAAUUCGGCAAGAAAAAUGAUUAUGAUCGUCAUCCACAAUGGAAAUCUGAUCGUAUUGAAGUACUAUCCAAUAUCGAUGAACAUGGUAUAACAAAAAAUCAGAAAUCUAAACUUAAUGUAGAAGAAUUAUUGACCACCGCUGAUGAUGAUCGACAAUCAAAGAAAUCGAAAGAAAAAUUGUUACGAAAUUUUCGAAAGAAAAAAUCUUUAUUACAAUCAGUACACAAACCGAUUGCUGACCGUAUAUUACGUCAAAUUAAUUUCAAAGAUUUACAAGAAUCAAUAACAAAAUAUGAUGAAAUAGUAAAACAGAUACGAAAUGCUGAUCAAUUAGUUUUUCCGGCUGAAGAUCGUCGAUUGGCCAUCAAUACAUCAGCACAGCGAAAAUUGUUACAACCAGAAAAUUCAUUGGAAUCCGAUGUUGGCGAUAAAACUAAAUCAACGAUGAGCAGUGUUGAGAAAGAAAUUGUUGAAAAUCUUGUUGAUAAUGAUGAUACAACACAACAAUCAUUACAUUCGUUUUUAAACGAAAAUGAAUUACAAUUAUUACGAUCAUUGAAUAUGGAAGAGGCACGUAAACUACAUAAAGAAAUGCAACGAUUACGUGUGCUUAUCAGUUAUCAGGAGGCCAAAUAUCGACGUAUACGUAAAAUAAAAUCCAAAAAAUAUCAUCGUAUCAUGAGAAAAGAUAAAUUGAAAAAAGCUGUUGAUGAAUUUGAUGAUCUUGUUGCUGGAAAUCAUGAAAAAGCUGCAGAAAAAUUGGAUGAAUUAGAUCGAUUACGUGCACUAGAACGUGCUAGCCUUAAACAUAUGAAUACCGGUAAAUGGGCUAAACAUCAUCGUAUUCGUGCUAAAUAUAAUGAACAAUCACGAAAUGAUCUAAAUGAACAGCUAAAAAUUAGUAAAGAAAUGAUGCAAAAACGAACAGCAACAACAUUAAUCGAUGAUGAUGGUGAUGAUGAUUCAGAAGAAUCGAUUGCUAUUGAUGAACAAUCAAACGAAAACGAAUCGAACAAAAUCUCAUUGGAAAUGAUAACACAACAGCCAUAUAAUUAUUGUCCAUGGUCAUCGAAAUUAUUACAAAAACAAAAAAAUUCCACUUUUAUUGAACAGCAGCAGCUUGUUGAUGAUGAUAAUGAUGAUGAUGUGAUUGAAAAUGAACAACAACAGCAACAACAACAAUCAUCCGUAACCAAUAAUCAUAAAGUGGAACGUUUAAUAGCAACUUUACCAAAAGAUGUGGAUAAAAAAAUUAAUCUACAAAAUUCUAUCGAUAAUAAUAACCGAACAUUAGAUAAUAUUGAAAACGAUAUUGAUGAUGAAAAUGAAUUCAAUGAUAAUAUUGAUUUGGCUAAAUUUGAACAACAAUCCAAACAAUUACAACAGGUAUUCGGUGAUGAUGAUGAUAUAGUUGAACAAUUUUUUCGUGAGAAAAAACAACGUGAAGAAGAAGAAGAAAAAAGAUCCACACAAAGUACCCGAUCAAAUUAUCUACCUGGUUGGGGUUCAAAUAAAUGGUCCGGUUAUGGUAUACGUGAAACACAAAAAUGGAAAAAUAAACAAACCAAACAAAUAAGAAAAAUUGAACGUAAACGUGAGGAAAAAAUAUGUCGAGCAAUAUUUCUUGAUCAUGAACAACAAUCACAAACGGCAGCCAAAUAUAAAGGCUAUUUGACCGCUAAGCAAAGUUUACAUUUGAAUCGACCAAAUGGAACCAAUUGGAAUCCAGAAACAAUCAGUAAAACAUUACGUGAACCACGUAUUAUAACACGACAAGGACAGAUAAUUGAACCAAUGCAGCCAGAAUCAAUUCGUACGAUCAGUAAUAAUCAUGGUGGCGUUGGCGCUGGUGUUGAUAUGAAUUUAUCAUCAGGAAAAAAAACAUCAAACAAAAUUCAACAAAAACGGCGACCAUUAUCAAAAAUUUGAAAUUUUCUUUUUUU